AUGUGCAAGGUAUUCCCUACAACGCUUACAGGCCCAGCGAGAGCCUGGUUCAAUAGCCUGGAGGCCGGGAGCAUCCAAAGUUUCAGUGACCUCGCCAACAUCUUUAUCAGCCGGUUUAUAGCAGGGGUGCCGGCUGACAGGAAAACCAGUUACCUGGAGACUGUCAGGCAAAAGAAGAACGAGUCCUUAAGGGAAUAUGUAGCUCGUUUCAAUACGGAGGCCCUACAGAUACCCGAGCUAGACGAAGGAAGAGCUGUAGAAGCUAUGCAGAAGGGGACCACAUCCCCGGAGUUUUUUGGCUCGCUAUGCCGGAAACUGCCCAUUUCUUUGGCGAAACUGAUGAAGAGAGCGAAAAAAUACAUAAGGCAUGAUGAUGCCUUAACAACCAGCAUAUUUGCUGAGGAAGCAACCGAAAGGAGAAAAGUGCCGGAAGAAAGGAGGUCAGACAGACAUGAAAGGAGAACGGACAGGCAUGAGAAGAGAUCGAAUAGGGGGCCCGAGAUAUACAAACAACCUUGGGACAGAAGAGAGCAUAGGCCACCCCUGUGGAUCCCAGAAGCAAUCAUCCCCCUAAAUGCCUUUAGAGCCGAGGUGCUUAUAGCAGUCCAGGACAAAGAAUUUCUUCAGUGGCCCAAACCCAUGAAGGCAGAAGCAAAUUGGAGGGAUCCUCACAAAUAUUGUCAGUACCAUCGCACUCAUGGCCACGAUACUAAUGACUGCUACCAAAUGAUUAGUGAAAUAGAAAGACUGAUAAAGAGAGGCCACCUCCGAAACUUUGUGAAGAAACCUGAGGGAGAAAGACCUCAGCGAAACCCUACAGUAGAAUAG